AGUGGGUCACUACCCACUUUUCCACUACCUUUUUUUUUUUUUCCUCUAUACCAGAAGACCCUUUUAAGCCUUUUUAAUCAUCAACCUCCUCAUAAUUCUUUCCUUGCCACUUUUCUUCCUUCCUUUAUACUUAAAAUUUCCCUCUCAAAAAGACACAUUCAUUAAAGUAGAGUUUUUUCCCACUCAUAAGAGAAUUGAUGUUAUCAUCAUUUAUGGCUUCCUUUUGUUCAACAUUCAUGGCUAUAUUGUUGAUGGUUUUCAUCGUUUGUCAUUCUUCAAUAUUAGCCUCAUCAACACCAACAUCAAAUUAUCAAGAAUUGGUGGAUAAGAAGUUAAUUUCCACAAUUUCAGCUGCUCCAGCAUUGUUACCAGGUGCUCCUCUGUCUUCUUCUUCUUCUCCAACUCUUUCACCAGAUAUUACUCCUCUGUUUCCCUCACCUGGUGGAGUCCCUCCUUCUCCAACUCAAUCUUCACUGCCCACCAUUCCAUCCAGUCCAAGCCCACCAAAUCCUGAUUAUGUGGCUGCUCCUGGACCUGGUGAUUUUGCUUUUCCACCUUCAGGGUCUUUGCCUGCUUCUUCUUCAGUCUCUGUAUCUUCUUCUCAGCCUCUAAAACUUGUUGCUUUUCUGAUUUUCAUGGUGGUUUUCUCAAUGCGGCUAGCUGAAAUAGUUUUUCAUCCCUAUUGUCAAGGGUUCACGGGAGUGCCAUAACAGUAAGACAAAGAUGGAGAAAAUAACAAGACAAAUUACUUGUACAUACUUUUGACUGUGUCACUAAGAAUACUAGCAAUGAUGUAA